AUGAAGCAUAAUGUCCUAGCCCGAGCUCCUACAAGGGGCACAUGUUGUCUCGCUAAAGGGCGCCGCGGCUUCGUUCGGCAAUCCCAUGCUGACUGCAGACAACGCAUCUCCGAUUUCUGGAUACCGACUGUUAAUCUGCAGAAGCAAGAUGCUCCUCUUGACGCGACCCAGCUCCUUGUACGAGCUGGCUAUUUUCGACAAGCAUAUGCUGGCAUAUUUCACAUGCUACCACUCGGACUUCGUGUUCAGGAGAAAUUAGAACGACUCAUCGACAAGCAUAUGAGAUCUAUCAAAGCUUCCAAGGUUUCUUUGUCUUCUAUUUCUUCGCAGGCAUUAUGGCAAAAAUCUGGCCGUUUCAAACCUGGUGCCGAAUUUUUCGCGUUGAAGGAUCGGAAGGACUCAGAGUGGCUUCUGGCGCCUACACAUGAAGAAGAAAUCACGACUUUGCUGCUCGAUCAUGUUCACACUCGCCAGCAACUGCCUCUACGGCUGUAUCAAAUCGGCCGGAAAUAUCGUGACGAGAAAAGGCCACGCGGCGGUCUCCUUCGAGGCCGAGAAUUUCUCAUGAAAGAUCUCUACACUUUUGACGCAACAAUCGAAGAGGCACACACGACCUAUAAUGAAAUCCGAGGUGCAUACCGCAGUUUUCUCGAUGAACUCAAAAUCAACUAUGUUGAAGCUCGAGCCGAGUCGGGCGAUAUGGGAGGAAGACUCAGCCACGAGUAUCACUUCCCGAAUACUGCAGGAGAAGACACUGUCAUUACCUGUUCUGACUGCGAUUAUGCCAGAAAUGAAGAAUUUGUCUCGCAAAAAUCGUAUCCACCGCAGCGCAUCGAGGACAUUCCGGAAUACGAAGCUUCCGAAGCCGUUCAUUCCAACCGAUUUCUUCAAGAAGACUUCCUGAGUACAGACGGCCGUGAUCUCGUCCGUGCUCUAGCACCACAAUACCCUGAUGCACCUUCGGCGGGUAACAUGAAUGACCGGCCACUUAACUCUUAUGCUAUUAAAGCGGCGCUUCGGGGUGUGCUGGAAGUCGACUCCGGCAGAGAAGACCCUUUGACAUAUUUCAAGGAAUGGAUGGCCCUUCCUACCCCUGAAAAUGUUUCGAACCAAUCAAUAUUCUAUCUCCUCGACUCACGUGUGGAAUUGAAAGCCAUAAGAGGUUUCAUCGCUGAUGAUAUGAAAUCCUUUUCCCACAAAGGUGUCGAUUUCUUCGUCAUCAGAGCACCACGGGACGACGCGAAUGGAAUCAAUCUCCUCAAACAUCAAGCAGGCGACCCGUGCCCUGAAUGCUCUACCGGCAAACUCAGACUGGAAAAAGCCAUCGAAGUCGGCCAUACCUUCCAUCUAGGGACCCGAUAUAGCUUGCCUUUUAACCUCUCUAUCCGGCCCGAUGUUGGCAAGGAUUCGGCGCCGGUCCAGAUGGGUUGUCAUGGAAUUGGCGUGUCUCGACUAGUUGCGGCCGUUGCAUCAUGUCUGGCAGACGAAUCUGGGCUGAACUGGCCAAGAGCAAUUGCGCCUUUCGAAACCAUCAUUAUCGUACAAAAAUCGCAGAGGGAGAAAAUUCAAGCUGCAGUGCAGAUCUAUGACGACCUAUCUAGCUCCAAGUUCGGCGCCGUCGAUGCCCUCCUCGAUGAUCGACAAGACCAGGGACUCGGAUGGAAGUUGAAAGAUGCUGACAUGAUUGGGUAUCCUGUCAUUGUGGUUAUAGGUAAAGCGUUUGAUCAGGGAAAGGUCGAAGUACAGUGUCGAAGACUGGGGAUCAAGCAGGACGUCGAGAUCGGUGGCGUAGUGGAAUGCGUACAUGGAUUGCUCGAGCAGCUUUGA